AUGACUCCCCUUCACACAAGCCAGAAGAUGCCGUGGUUCCCCGCCAACUUCCAGAAGGCUGCUGGGAUGGACACAUCUAACAGGAAAGUCCUGGUGCUGGUUCUGAUGUUGCUGCUGUCUCAACUGGCCUGUGACGCUCACCCCGUGUCUGAAUGCUGCAGACGGCCAGCUCGCUUCUGUCGCCUCUCGGUGCUUCUGUGUCGUUCUCACAGCCCAAACAUUGGUGGAGCGCUCCCGGGAGACGCCGCCGCCGGCAUCCUCACUCUGGGCAAACGAAAUGAAGACGAAGAUAACCUGCAGAGCCGCCUCCACCAGCUCCUGCAAGGCUCCCGGAAUCAGGCAGCCGGGAUCCUGACGAUGGGGAAGAGGAUUGCUGAGAGGGCUGGAGAGCAGUACAUGGACUGGAUGGCUCAGUCAGGGUCAGCCAUCACACUACAUGAUUUAAGCUAA